AUGUCAACAGAAGAAAUAAAUGAUAAAUUUAAAAAAGAUUUAAAUAUAGAUAAUAAUAAUAAUGAAAAUGAAAAUGAAAAUGAUAAUGAAAAUGAUAAUGAUAAUUUAGAAAAAGAAGAAGUUAAAAUUCAAGAAAUCAAACUAAAAGACAAAUAUAAAACAAAUAAGAAUGAUUUAGACGAAGCAAACCAAUUAAAAUCCAAAGGUAAUCAAACAUACACAUCUGGUGAUUAUCAGGCAUCAUUAGAACUAUAUAAUGAAGCCAUUUCAAUUUUAAAGAAAGAGGAAGAGACUGGUUACGAAGACGAUCAACAUGAAACAAACGAUGAAGACAAUAGCGAUAAUGAAGGCCACACAACAACCACCACAUCAACUACAAAUAAAAAACCAAAAAGUAAAAUUAUUGAAAUUAGAGAGAAUACUGAAGAUGAUGUUUUACCAUGUUUUGAAGAACUAUCUAUUCUUUAUAGCAAUAGAUCGGCAUGUUAUUUAGCAUUAAAGAAAUAUGACUUUGUAGUCAAAGAUUGUAAUAUAGCAUUAGAGUACGAACCAACACCAUCACCAAUUAAAAUAAAGAUUUUACACAGAAGAGCACAAGCAAGAGAACAAUUAAAUAAAUUAAAAGAUGCAUUAGAAGACUAUCAAGAGAUUUUAAAAUUAGAUCCAUCAUUUCCACAAGCAGUCCAAGCCAAUAAAAGAUUACCCCCAAAAAUCAAAGAAAAAGAGGAUAGAGAAAGAGAAGAGAUGAUGGGUAAAUUAAAAGACCUUGGCAAUACUAUUUUAGGUAAAUUUGGUUUAAGUACUGACAAUUUCCAAUUUGUUAAAGAUCCAAACUCUGGUGGUUAUAGUGUUAAUUUUAAAAAAUAA